GGUGACGCACUGCAACCGCAACAACAAGCCGGGGUGACUGAGCGCAGCUCGGUAUAGAAGAGAGCAGACUGCCACCAAACAGACCAGCUGAUGCCUCCUUUCUGAUGGGCUAGCGUGAAUUAGCCUGCUCCGGUGUGUCAGCAUGGAGGACACCGCGGAAUCUGGGGACUGUAACGCGAACCUGCGCUGGCAGAGCACCGGGGAGCAGAAAGUGGACGCGGCUGUGCAGCAGUGGUUGGACUGGGACCGGAACCCCCGGACUCGGGCUCAGGUGGAAUCUCUGGUGGCCGCAGGGCGUCUGGAUGAUCUGAGGUCCAGACUCUGCAGCCGAAUGAGCUUUGGAACAGCUGGACUACGAGCACCGAUGGGAGCAGGAUUCAACCGGAUCAAUGACCUUACUAUUAUCCAGUCCACACAGGGUUUAUAUGCGUACCUGUUCAGGUGUUUUGCUGAUCUUAGCAGCAGGGGAGUGGUGGUUGGAUUCGACACCAGGGGUCAGGAGGAGAGCGGCUGCAGCAGUCAGAGACUGGCCAAGCUGACGGCGGCUGUGCUUCUCAGCAGAGACAUUCCUGUCCAUCUUUUCUCCAAAUUCGUUCCGACUCCUUACGUGCCUUACGCUGUGAAGAAACUUGGAGCAGCAGCUGGGGUGAUGAUCACUGCGUCACACAAUCCAAAAGAGGACAACGGUUACAAGGUGUACUGGUGUAAUGGCGCUCAGAUCGCCUCCCCUCACGAUAAGGAGGUGUUGCGCUGUAUUGAGGAGCAGCUGGAGCCCUGGAACAACUCCUGCUGGGAUGAGGAGCUGGUGAAAAACAGUUCGCUCAGGACCGACCCUCUGACCCAGAUCAACAGCUUCUAUAUGGAGGACCUGACUUCUCUCUGCUUCCACAGGGAUCUGAACAGCAGCUGCACGUUAAAGUUCAUCCACUCCUCCUUCCACGGAGUCGGACACGAGUUCGUCCAGCAGGCCUUCCGCGUGUUUGGCUUUGCACCCCCCAUCCCUGUUCCUGAACAGAAAGACCCUGACCCAAAGUUCUCAUCUGUUCGCUGCCCAAACCCUGAAGAGGGAGAGUCUGUCCUGAAGUUGUCUCUCCUCUUGGCUGACCGGGAGAACGCUCAGAUUGUUCUGGCCACGGAUCCUGAUGCCGACCGGCUGGCUGUGGCUGAGCAGAACGGGCGAGGGUGGAAGGUGUUCUCAGGAAACGAGCUGGCCGCCCUGCUGGGAUGGUGGAUGUUCUUCAACUGGAAGGAGAAUCAUCCGGAUCCAGCGGAGACCAAGAGCGUCUACAUGUUGGCCACCACCGUGUCGUCAAAGAUCCUGCAGGCGUUCGCUCGCAUGGAGGGCUUCCACUUCGAGGAAACCCUGCCCGGCUUCAAAUGGAUCGGGAACAGAAUCCACGAGCUCUCUAAAACUGGAAACAGGGUGAUAUUUGCCUUUGAGGAAUCCAUAGGUUUCCUGUGCGGCAGCAUGGUCCCUGAGAAAGAUGGCGUCAGUGCAGCCGUGGUCGUGGCAGAAAUGGCGGCGUAUCUGCAGACCCAGAAGCUGAGUCUGAAUCAGCAGCUGCACAACAUCUACAGGACGUACGGUUAUCAUGUGUCCAAGACCUCCUACGUCACCUGUAACGACCCCCCCACCAUCCAGAGGAUCUUCAGCCGGAUCAGAAACUUUGAGGGCGAUGGUUCAUAUCCGAAGGCGUGCGGCGGCGUGCGGAUCGUCCACAUCAGAGAUGUUACUACGGGAUACGACAGCAGCCGACCCGACCUCAGAUCAGUGCUUCCUGUGUCCAAGAGCAGUCAGAUGAUCACCUUCACUCUGCAGAACGGCGUUGUGGCGACUCUUCGGACGAGCGGUACCGAACCAAAGAUCAAGUAUUACACCGAAUUCUGCGCCGCACCAGGAGAAAGCGACGUGUCGCGGCUGGAGGAGGAGCUCCAGAAAGUGACGGGCGCCCUGCUGGACGAGUUCCUUGAACCCGACAAGAACCACCUGAUCCGACGCUUUGUCUAACCCUGCCUCCGACUUCCUGUGGCGACUUCAUUUCCUGUCAGUGUUGCAGCUGCUUCACUUAGCUGAACUCAUUCAUUCAAAGAAGACCACCUGUAGAGUCUGAGCUACGGCGUUGAUGCAAAGAUCCCCCGUCAGGCCGAAGGAACCGCCAGUCAAUAAGUUCAAAGACGGAAAUUUAAGGUUUAGGUUUGUGUUUAAAAAAAAAAAAAAAAAAACUUAAAUGUCUUUUUGUAAAUUAUUAGCUUUUAUUUAUUUUUCAGGUUAAAUUUUUUUUUUAAACAACCUUAAACAAAUUUCUGUGGAAAAAACUCACAAAACCGAACAAUUUGCUGUUAAUUUAAAAAAAGUUAUUUGGUUUUUGUUUAUCCAAAAAGUUUUCGUGUCGUCAUUUUCUGUUAGUUUUCUCUACUUUAAGCCUUUUUACUGAAUUUGAAGCUGAUGUGCAAACCAAAUACUGAGGAAAACCUUUCUCAGCUGCUGAAUGUUUCUGAGCUUUGUUAUUCUAAAGCUCAAAGUUUAACAAAAGAAUGUUGAGAAAUGAGAAAUUUGGGCUUAAAAAACGUCUGUGAAAAACCUUCUGGCUGUUUUCCUGAUCAAGAUUCAAACAAAUUUACAAAAAUAUUUGAUUUCCUUUGUCACCCCUAGACCAGUGCAUUCUGGGACACGUAGUACACUCCUGAACCGUUAAAAGCUUAAGAGGAAAAUGGCUGCUUCCUGCUUUACAAGGAGAGUAAAAUCCAUAUUAUCUGGAUGGAUUUUUUUUUUGGUUUUUUUUUGAGAAAUUGUUAUGAAACUAAAUCUGCAAAGAUUUACAGAUUCAAUGUAGAAUCUGUUCAGUAAACAAGCAGAAUGUUUAUUUUUCAGUGUUUGGAGCUUUAAAUAGAUGUUGAUAGGUUAUGUAUUUUUCUACUGGCAGAGAUGCAGAUAUAUUUAUGAGGAGCAGGAGCUUCCUGCUGUUGAUGACUUUUAUUUUGGUAAAUAUUUAGCUCCCUGUCACAACUUCACUCCAUUUGCUUCAAUGAAAGCUGAAGUUCUUGUGUUCUCCUA